CGCUCCCAUUGGUCCUUCUGAGUGUGGGCGGUCCCUCCUCGGCCGUUCCGCUCUCCGGGGGCAGUGGGCGGGGCGGAAGGAGCCGUUUCCCCGGUGACGGCAGCGCCUGAGGGGGCUCUGAGCGGGACCGAGGUUGUUUUGUCCCUGAGGAAGGAGUAAGCACUCCCAGCAGCAACACAAGGGGUGGCCUCCAGUCCAGGAGCUUGGGCAGGAGUGAUGGAGACUUCUGAUGAGGAAAUCUUCAUUGCAGCCACGUAUUAGGCCAGUGCUUGGCCCCCCAUCUGCUGACCUCCUCUUUUCCUGAAGCUCCUGGCAGAAGGGGAUGUGUGCCUGUGCCUCUGCUGCUCUAGUUCAGAGACUGAAUUCUCUCAGUGCAUCACAAGCUGCCCUGUCCCUAAGGCUGGUCCAGGGUGAUAAAUGAGCUCCUCCCCUUCUGAUGCAGAGUUUGAUGCAGUUGUUGGGUGUCUGGAGGAUAUUAUCAUGGAGAGUGAUUUCCAGUUAAUACAGAGGACUUUUAUGGAGAAGCACUACCAGGAGUUUGAGGACUCAGAAGAAAACAAGCUCAUCUAUACUUCUGUUUUUAAUGAAUAUAUCUCUUUGGUAGAGAAAUACAUUGAAGACAAACUGCUUGCUCGGAUUCCUGGUUUUAAUAUGACAGCUUUCACCAUGUCACUGCAACAGCACAAAGAUGAGAUGACAGGUGAUUUAUUUGAUAUACUUCUCACUUUUACUGACUUCCUGGCAUUCAAAAGAAUGUUCUUGGAUUACAGAGCUGAAAAAGAAGGUCGAAGUGUGGAUUCAAGCCUUGAGUUAGUGGUGACUUCAUUAAAUAAAUCAUCAAUAUCCUCCUCCUAGAACAGUUCCUGCAGUGCUUUUCUUCUCCACAAGUGCAUUUGGACAUGAAAGUGCUGAGGGUCCUGGGAAACAUGGUGCAAUCUGAUGGAAACUCAUUCACCCUCCAGACAGCACCUUCAGAGGCCUGAUCCUAAAAACACCUCUUAGCCAGGUCUGGUUGUGGUCAGGGACCAGAGAAUCAGACAUUUCUGCCUCUACCAGAGCACUUGGGUUUGGUGGGCUCCUUCCCAGCUCUGCCCCGAACACAACUUUUCCAUGAGCACAGAAAUCAGUGCUCGGGCACACAUGGGCAGUCGGUGAGCAGAGGAGCUGCUGGUUCCCAAGAAGAAACCAGAAAACAACAAUAACAACAAAACAUUGUCAUGUUUUUAACAAAUCAGAUGUAGCUCCACUGCUAUGGGAAUCCUAAGGGUACAGCCAGAGAAAACUAAACUUUAAAAUCUCGUUGUUUUUCUGCUGACAGUGUAUGGACUGGAGCUCUACACUUCCCAGCUGUGUAACAUUGACUUAGAAUGUCAGGAACAUAAAAUUU